AUGGCUUCGUGGUUACAAAUCCCCAAGAACUCGCCUUUCUCGCUGGCAAACAUCCCAUUCGGUAUCAUUUCAUCAUCGAAGCUCUCGUCGCGAGUUCCCGCUAUUGCGAUCGGAGAUUAUGCCUUAGACUUGAGCAAAUUUGCCUCGUCUGGCGGUUUCUCCCAGCUUCCCGUCAUCCAGCCUCAUCUGAAUGUCUUCAACCAAUCCACCCUGAACGCGUUCGCAGCUCUUGGUCGACCAGUGCACCGACAAGUCCGUGAAUACAUUCAGAAGGUCUUCAGCACAGAGACGCCUUUUCCUCAAAUCCUCAGAGACAAUGCAGCGCUCCAGAAAGAGGCCCUCCUGCCGCUGUCUGAGGUUACAAACCAUCUCCCCAUGCAGAUCGGCGAUUACACAGAUUUCUACGCCGGCCUUAACCAUGCUUACAACGUUGGAGUCCUCUUCAGGGGACCCGACAAUGCCCUACAGCCAAAUUAUAAACAUCUCCCCGUGGCUUACCAUGGCCGUGCCUCGUCUGUGGUCACCUCCGGCACGCCUCUCCACCGUCCACAGGGCCAGAUCUUGACGAAUCCCGCGGCAAACCCUAAAUUACCCACCUUCUCUCCUUGCAAGAAGCUCGAUAUCGAACUGGAGUUAGCGUUUUUCGUCUCAACUCCCAAUGAUCUAGGGCAUCCGGUUCAUAUCGACAAAGCCGAAGACCAUAUCUUCGGAGUGGUGCUUAUGAACGACUGGUCUGCCCGUGACAUCCAGGCAUGGGAGUACGUUCCUCUUGGUCCCUUUAACGCAAAGAACUUUGGCACAACGAUCACCCCCUGGGUUGUCCUGAUUGAUGCUCUCGAGCCCUUCCGCACCGUCGGUCUAGAACCCGGAAACAGGGAGUCUCUCCUACCGUAUCUGCGGGAGAAGCGGGCUGACACUGCCUAUGAUAUCCCGCUGGAGGUCGAAGUCACCAAUGCAGGCGGCGAGCCUACUGUUAUCUCCCACAGCAAUGCAAAGAACCUCCUGUACUCUUUCCCUCAGAUGCUGGCCCACCACACCAUAACGGGCUGCAACCUGAACACCGGUGAUCUCCUCGGCAGUGGUACGAUCUCUGGCAAGGAGAAUCAGACCGAAGGCAGUUUCCUCGAGCAAACCAAUGGAAAGAAUCCUAUCAAGCUCGCAGAUGGCUCCGAGCGCUUGUUCUUAGAGGACGGUGACACUGUUAUUCUGCGUGGUAUGGCGGGAACUGAAGGCAACUAUGUAGGGUUUGGCGAUUGUGCCGGAACAAUUUUGCCGCCUGUGCAGCUGGAUCUGUGAUUCGCAUGCAAUAGUUAAAAUAAAAUGAGAUAUUUCAAGCUUGAUGG